AUGGCCGGCAAGUCCACCUACAUUCGGCAGGUCGCCUUAAUUGUAUUGAUGGCGCAGAUUGGGAGCUUUGUUCCGGCGGACGAGGCCACAAUAGGAGUCGUCGACCGCAUUUUUACGCGCGUAGGCCUUCAGGACGACCUUGCGACGGGCCAGUCAACCUUCAUGGUAGAGAUGGUUGAGACUGCUGCAAUUCUUAACCAGGCUACCCCCCGCUCCCUGUUGAUUCUGGACGAGAUUGGUCGCGGCACCAGCACCUACGAUGGCCUGUCUAUCGCCCGUUCAGUUAUUGAACAUUUACACAACGAUCCAAGGCUGGGGUGCAAGUCUCUGUUUGCCACUCACUAUCACGAAUUGACGGAGUUAGCCCGAACUUUGCCUGGGGUGCGCAAUUUCAGCGUGGCGGUUACCGAAGAGGAAGGGCAGGUGGUUUUCCUGCACCGAAUUGUGCAAGGCGGAGCCGACCGCAGUUAUGGCGUUCACGUUGCCCAGUUAGCCGGUUUGCCGCGGGCCGUUGUGAACAGAGCUUGGGAAGUGCUUGAAGAACUGGAGUCAACCGCGGGUAACCGCAAGCAGUUGGGCAGUGGAAAGCGUUCUGAACCGGCGUUUCAAAUGCCGCUCUUCUACCCCGAACAGCGUAUUAAAGAAGCUAUUCUAGCUAUCGACGUAGCCAACUUAACGCCUCUGGAAGCUAUAAACAAGCUUUACGAAUUGCAGGAAAGUGCGAAGGAGAGCCCCGAAGAAGGGUAG